UCUGUCUGACUGCCAGACACAGAAAUGUUGGCAGAACACCCCCUCCUCACCGAGUCAGGGAAAAAAAUGGCGGACAAGCGCUAAAUCCACAUCAGAAACAAACAAACACGUUACUAAGCAAGGGAGCGGGGCCGCUUUAACUUGGACGCCACCCCCCCUUGGCGGAGGAAAAAGGCGCACUUCCAUUGAAAAGAAAAUCAUCCGGGGAGGAGAAACGCUGCUAAACGGGGAUGAAGUUUUAAGAGUGGAGGCCACUGUUGUGUUGUGAGCUUGGUCUGUAUUGUUGGAGCAUGAGGAAACCCGUGCCUCAGAAAGCUAUAGAGUGGAAAGAUGCCAGACGGAUCAAGCAUGCCCGGAGUGGACGGCCCUCCCGGGUGCCCUCACAGUAUCAAGGACAUUUCAGCUGGGAGAAAUACCUCAAAGAGACGGGUGCUACUGCCGCACCUUCUUCAUGUUUCAGACAGAGCAUCACACCGCCACUUAAUGAGUUUAAGGCGGGGAUGAAGCUGGAGGCCCAGGACCCGCGGAACACCACAUCCACCUGCAUCGCCACAGUGGUGGGCCUGACGGGCUCGCGGCUGCGGCUGCGCUUGGACGGCUCCGACAACAAGAACGACUUCUGGCGCCUGGUGGACUCCUCGGAGAUCCAGCCCAUUGGCAACUGUGAGAAAAACGGAGGCAUGCUUCAACCACCUCUCGGUUUCCGUCUCAAUGCAUCGUCCUGGCCCAUGUUUCUUCUAAAAACACUAAAUGGAGCAGAGAUGGCGCCCUCUCGCAUCUUUCACAAGCAGGAGCCCCCUGCUCCGGAGCAGAACUCUUUCCAGGUAGGCAUGAAGCUGGAGGCAGUGGACCGUAAGAAUCCCCACUUUAUCUGCCCGGCCACAGUGGGUGCCCUGCGUGGUGUCGAGGUGCUGGUCACCUUUGACGGCUGGCGUGGAGCUUUUGACUACUACUGCCGGUACGACUCGCGGGACAUCUUCCCCGUGGGCUGGUGCACGCUAACUGGAGACAAUCUUCAGCCGCCUGGAACCAAAGUAGUGUUGCCUAAGAGCCUCGGGGCACUAACAGACGGGAGUGUGGAGAGCCCAGCCAUGCAUCCUACCCCCACGGUGGGCAGACCUCCAGGUCAGAGAGGUCGCAAGCCAGGCCGCAGGAAAACCAAGGUGACAGGCCUGUGGGGCCAGAAGGGCUCAGCACUGGGACCACAGAGCAUCCAGGCGGGCAAAGGCCUGGAGCCCAUCAAGGUCCCCAAGAAGCGAGGGCCCAAGCCUGGCAGCAAGUUGGGCUGGGCAAAGAGAGCAGGGUGGCUGGGAGAUGCCAUGGCUGGCCCAGGACGGCCUGUGACGGGACCAGCCCGGACCAGAGGCAGACUACCGGCUAACUGGGCACAGAGGAUAGCUCUGCAGCAGGUCCAGACUCAGGCUGAACCUAUCAAGAUCCCAAAGAAAAGAGGGCCAAAGCCAGGCAGCAAGAGGAAACCUCGUGUGGUACCUAAUCCAGUCCCCACGUCUCCCACCAGCAGCACUCCAGAGCCCGACACCAGCACUGUGCCUCUGGACAACGCCACCAUCCCCAACUCUGCACUACAGGCUCCCACAGUUUGCGUGUAUCUAAAUAAGUACGGCAAGGUGGGACCCCAUUUGGACCAGCGGCGUAUCCAGAAGCUCCCAGACCACUUUGGACCAGGCCGGGCCUCUUCGGUGCUUCAGCAGUGUGUUCAGGCCUGUGUGGACUCCGCGCACAAUCAGGGCACGGUCUUCUCCUGCCUCAAGUCUGGACAAGGAGGUGAAGUCAUUUCAGCUUUCUUUGACCAGCAGCAGCGCACUCUGACUCUGCCCACAGUCAGCAGUGUCACCUACGUGCUCCGCUUCCUGGAGAAACUGUGUCACAACCUCCACUGUGAUCCUCUGUUUGGCAGCCAGCCUGUAGCCAGAGGAGGCCUGCACUACGACACUCACACUUACACUACAGUUUCAGAGAAGCGAAAUUUUGGAGACAGUCUGACAACGGGUCCCGGCCGAGGCACCAAGCGGUUCCUCCAGGACUACAACAGUCCCCUCCCUCAGAAACUUGCCAAAAUCCCCCGACACUCCAUUGAUGCUCCGUCCUUCAUGGAGAACAGUGUUGCCGUGUCAGAGCACUUAAAGAAGAGUCCUCUCUCUCCGAACUCUACAAUACAAACUCCUGGCAUGAGGUCGCCCUCCAAGCUGCUGCAUCAUAACAACUCCACAGGCAGUUUCCGGGAGAGCCCGAGGCCCAGCGGUCAGGACCCUAACCUGUGGACUGUGGAGGACGUUAUGCAAUAUAUCAGAGAUAUUGACCCUGUGCUGGCCCCACAUGCUGACCUUUUCAGAAAACAUGAGAUUGAUGGCAAAGCACUGCUGUUGCUGCGAAGUGACAUGAUGAUGAAAUACAUGGGUUUGAAGCUCGGGCCCGCCCUCAAACUCACCUUCCACAUCGAUAAGCUGAAACGUGCAUGAGGAGGCUGGCCGACCAGCCUUCCAACGGGACUAAACACCAACCCCAUCCCCCUUUUCUAGGAUCAGUAUAUCAUGCACUGCAUAGCAGACAUAUUCUGACCAUUUACAUGUAGCAGCUUUCUAUCAGAGCCCCGUAUCUGGUACAACACACCCUCUCCUGACCUCAUCCAAUGAGGAAUGUUUAUUUUGUGUAGCACAAUCCAGCCCUGAGGCAGCAUGGGAUACGUAGGAUCACCCAUCAACAGUCUUGCAUUUCAGUAUAACUUGAAAAGUAACACGUGGCCAUUUCAACCGUUAAAAGGCAUUUGAAGCCUGCUUAUAUUCUGUUACAUUUAAUCUGUACAUUUCAUAUUUUCUACGUCAUGAAUUUAUGGACUUUUUUCAACGGUUUAUGUGGGAUAAGUUAAAAGAAAGAACCCUUUGAAGGACAAAGAGCAGACACUAAAUUAAUUCCAGUUGCUGGGAAUGUUCCUUCUUAAUGUCUCUGUUUGAGGCAGCAUUUUUUCAAUGACAACAUUCGAUAUAGGAGAAAGACUUUACAGUAAAAACACACUUUAUCCUGACAAUACUGCCAUGAGGAAAUCUGUUCUUUUCUCUCAUUCUGGAUGUUGUUUACAAUGCCUUGUCUGUUCUAUGUUAUUUGUACUUUUUUAAUUUUUAUACUAUAUAAAAAGAGUUCUUACGUGGAGAGCCCUAUCAUACUAAACAUUGUUCAAUAAAUAUAUAAUAAUUCA